GAAAAACAUUGUUUCCCUUCGUUGAACAAAAGCUUUAUCAACUCACGCUCUUCCCGAGGAGAGAUAUGCUUCGGAAAUCACUCUCGUUUCUGCUCUCUCACCGGAUCCGCAUCCUCCCUUCGCAGUCGCACGCAGGAGCUUCUUUUUCAUUCUCGUCCUCUAAUACCUUAAACCCUUGCACUUCUCUUGAAGACCAAGCCAAUGAGAACAAUCAAGAUUCCCGUCCGACUGAGACGAUCUCAAUUGAUCGAUCGGGCUUGUAUAAUCCUCAAGAUCAUUUCCACAAGCUUUCUGCUGAUUCGAAACUCGUAAAGCAUCUGAAGAGCAUCAUAAAGUUCCGUGGAGGUCCAAUUUCCAUUGCUGAGUACAUGGGGGAAGUUUUAACCAAUCCAAAUUGUGGAUUUUACAUCAACAGAGAUGUAUUUGGAGCUUGUGGUGAUUUCGUAACCUCUCCUGAAGUGAGUCAGAUGUUUGGAGAGAUGGUUGGAGUGUGGACAAUGUGUCUGUGGGAGCAGUUGGGUCGACCCGCCAAAGUAAAUCUGGUUGAAUUUGGUCCAGGGCGAGGGACACUGAUGGCUGAUCUUCUACGUGGCUCUUCAAAAUUUGUAGACUUUUCAAAAUCACUUGAUAUUCACUUGGUAGAGUGCAGUCCAACCUUGCAGAAGCUUCAAUAUGAUACCUUGAAAUGCAUUGAUGAAGCAAUAUCCGAAGAUAAUACUGCUACAAGAACCACUACCACAUUGAAUGGAGCUUCUGUUCUCUGGCACGCUGAUCCAGAGGAGGUUCCAUCAGGAUUGCCAACCAUCAUCAUUGCACAUGAAUUCUAUGAUGCUCUGCCAAUCCAUCAAUUUCAGAAAACUUUUCGAGGAUGGAGUGAAAAGAUGAUAGACGUGUCAGAAGAUUCAUCCAAUUUCCGCUUUGUUUUAUCUCCACAACCCACUCCUGCGUCUCUACUGUAUCUGAGAAAACGUUGUGAAUGGGCUGACAAAGAAGAAAUUGCAAAGAUUGAACAAAUUGAGGUGUGUCCUAGAGCAGUUGAGUUGACUCAUCAAAUUGCAAAGAGAAUAAGCAUUGAUGGUGGUGGAGCUCUCAUCAUAGACUAUGGGAAAAAUGAAAUUAUUUCUGACAGCUUACAGGCUAUCCGAAAACAUAAAUUUGUUCAUAUUCUCGAUGAUCCUGGUUCAGCUGAUCUUAGUGCUUAUGUUGAUUUUGCUGCUAUCCAGCACUCUGCUGAAGAAGCUUCAGAAAAUAUAUCAGUUUAUGGUCCAAUCACCCAGUCCCAGCUUUUAGGUUCGCUCGGCAUAAACUUUAGAGUUGAGGCCCUAUUAAAGAACUGCACUGAAGAGCAAGCAGAGUCCUUAAGGACUGGUUACUGGAGAUUGGUGGGAGAUGGUGAAUCUCCAUUCUGGGAUGGGACUGAGGAGCAAAGACCUAUUGGUAUGGGCAAUAGGUAUUUAGCAAUGGCAAUCGUGAAUAAGAACCAAGGUAUUCCAAUUCCUUUCGAGUAACAUGCUAAUUUCCUUUGUUUGAAUUGAUUUGGAAGAGAAUGUUAAUGUUUCUUAUGAGGGACUACAUAGAUUUAUCUAGAGCUAUUAUAGCAAGGAACUAAUCUAUUCAUACAUGUACACAAAAUAUCAUGCUUGCCGUUGGCUUUAUGUUUAGCACAAACUUAGUCAAGAUAUCCUAAAUUCAAUUCUCGUCUAAUUGGGGUCUAAAAAAUUGACAUGUGAGAGGAAAUAUGUUUUUAUGUGGCAUGAAAAUGUGCAAAACUUGAUGUAGAAUAUCUCAAACAGAGCAUUUUGUGUUUCAAUUUUUUGGUGUUUUAUCAUAGAUUUUAUAUUAAGUA